CACCUGCUCGUUUGAAUGGUCUGUCCUGGCGCCACAUCUGUGUAGUGUUUCCACAAAAAUAAAACAAAACGGUGUAAACAUGAAAUAUAAAUAGAACCAGCAUGUGCCUCCAUAUGUGUAGCUUUCUUUCUCUCUUAACACAUGAGAAUAGCUCCAAUUUCUGACAUCAGUCGGCAUUCACAUCGUGAAUGCCAGGCCCACUGUGGUGUGUUAUUGUGUUGGCCGGAAAAGGCAGAGUGUGCAGCUGGACAACGCGAGUGGACCACAAAGACAUAAGGGAGCAGCGCUUCUGUAGCUUGCAGCCAACAAUAUAGAAAUGCUUGGCGCAGUUUGGAUUUACGUUUUCGUGAGUCUCAUCGCUGGACUGGCCGCAGUUCUAAUGCAAGAUGCAUGGCAAGUGCUGAAAAGGGUAUUGCGGCGCGACUUACCACCAGGCCCUCGUGGCUUUCCAUUACUGGGUUAUCUGCCUUUCAUGUUCAAGGCUGGGCACUUGGAGGUUGACUCGCUUAGGAAGAAAUACGGCAAUAUAUUCGGGCUCCACCUUGGAUCACGUUACGUGGUGUUCUUGUGCGACCGUGACUCCAUGGCGGAAGCCUUCUCUCAUAAUGCGUUGCUGUUAAGACCUGUGGAAUUCCCACUCAGUUUGAAUCCCGAAGAAAGUGUGAUUACGCUCAACGGACCAAUAUGGCAAAGACACCGCCAUUUCUUCGUGAAGAUGUUAAAGAAGCUUGGGGCAGGCACGCCAGUUAUGGAGGCCCACAUACAGAAGGAACUCUCCCACCUUCUCAGGGAGUUGAAUGCUCGUAACGGUGACCCCUUGGCUCCGCAUGCCGUCCUCACCGGCAGCGUGUCGAAUAUCAUGACAAUGGUGCUGGCGAGCCGACGGUUUGGGCAAGACCAUCCGCAGCGGGCACGCAUAAACGACUUCAUCGAUGUAGUAGCGGUGCACUCCAGUCAGGUUCUGGCCAUAAAUUUUUUCCCUUCGCUGCGAUCGGUGUUCUCCUGCCUUGGGCUGGGCUCAUGCGGCAGACUCCGGAAAGCAUUCCUUCGGAGAACUCGCAUCAUUACGCAGCUGAUGAGCGAGAACGCGAGAACCUACCAGGAGGGCACAGUGCGAAACUUUUCGGAUGGUUUCAUUUCUGAGAUGAAAAAUGGACAAGAAGGAAAUGAAACGUUUACACGCGAUAUGCUCAUUGGCGAUGUAGGGUCCCUCAUCGGCGGUGGCACUGGCACGACGCGCACUGCCCUGGAGUGGCUGAUGGUGAUGUCUGCCGCGCAUCCAAGUCAGCAGAGUCUCGUGACAGCCGAGACGGACGCCGUUAUGAAAGAGAAGGAACCCGGAUCAAGGAUUACGUGGAGUGAUCGUCUGAAGAUGCCCUACGCACAGGCGUUUAUAUGGGAGACGCUGCGGUGCAAACCUGUGAACCCGCUUAGCCCUAUGCGAUGUGCAAGCGAUCAUAUCAACUUGGGCGGCUACUUUAUCCCACGUGGAAGCAUCGUCAUCCCUGCGUUCUGGUCAUUAUUCAACGACCCUUCUCUCUGGAAAGACCCGGAAUUGUUCUGCCCGGAACGCUUCCUUACUGACAGUGGCCAUCUGGUUACAAAGCCGAAGUGGUUUAUUCCAUUCUCUUCCGGGAAACGCUCCUGUCCUGCUGAAUCCGUUGCAAGCAUGGUGGUGUUUGUCUACUUUACAAACAUUCUGCAUCAAUUCACCAUUGAAAUUUCAACCAGUGGCGUACACCCGAACGACGAAGUCCCUGGGCUAACAGUGCGGCCCAAAUCGCACGAGCUGGUCUUCAAACCUCGAGAAUACUAUCCAGGACAUAAGAUGUGAUGCAAAUAAGUAGUAAUGUGUUCAAGAGUUCAAUUAACGUUCGUAUGAACAGGUAACAUGAUGAGGAGGAAGGUACGGUCACUGACCAAGUCAAUAAUGCAGUGAGAAAGGGCCACUACACAAGGACGUACAAAGAAAACAGGCAAGCACAGAGCGCUCCUUUGAACUCAUAUUUUAUUUUAGUAACGAACUGAUCAAUAUAUACCGAGCGAGCGGCGAAGACAGAGACAAUAAACGAACAUCCAAUGUGGCAUAUCUCUACUGAACUGAAUGUUCAUUUGUUGUUUCUGUUGCUUCCGCUCGCGCGGUAUGUACUUAUCGGAUCGUGCGAAAACAAAAUAUGAGGUGAAAGUAGCGCUGCAUUCUUGUCUGUUUUCUUUCUACAUUUUUAAAAGUCGCGCUUACUCACUCUAUCAGGCAUGAAAACCAACAAGGCCGCCAACGUGUUUUUGACCAAGUCAAGGUGAAAACACAGCGAUGUUUCGGGACCCGUACGUGUUCCUUGAUCACCCAAAGCGAGCAAGAGCCGUAAGUCGCUUUUAUCCUAAAAUAUCACGUGAUGAGCAGAUGUAGCUGCCAGGUAGAUUACCAUCUGUCCGGUUGAUAGUGUCGCCCAUCUUCUGAAUAAACACCAAUUCCAAAAGUCCGGUAGUCUCGCCACUGUCGUUCCCUCCUCCUCGCGCUCUCCUCACUAUCACCGUCUUUCAUCCUCUGCUGCGCUCCGCGAGCGCUCU